AUGUCGUCGUCUACCAGUCGUCAGCUUAGCGAAAGCAGGGCCAUUCCAACCAGGACGGUGUUGAUCAACGAUAGAACGCAGCUACCUCAUGAUUAUUGCACCACCCCUGGAGGCACUUUAUUUUCAACAACUCCGGGAGGUAAAAUCAACACAAACCUAUCAAUUGUAUCUUAUUACUGAUGUGUAUUUCGCUAUGCACUCUCGUGCAUUGUGGCCUAGCUAGGCCGAUUGCAUGGCAAGGCAUCCUUUUCGAAGCGUUCAAAACAAAAACAAAGGUUUGCCCCGCCCUUGCCGUCCCUUUUGGCAAUGUGAUUGGUUGGUGUUCAACGCAGUGAUCUGAAUCAUGGUGGCUACAUUUGUAACAAUGCAAUAUAUUAUUUAUUACAGUGCCUUCAGAAAGUAUUCACACCCCUUGACUAUUUCCACAUUUUGUUGUGUUACAAGGUGGGAUUAAAAUGGAUUGGAAUGUCACACAAAAUACUAUGUAAUGUCAAAGUGGAAUUAAAAUUCAAACUGUCAAAGUGGAAUUAAAAUUCAAACAUUUGUAAAAAUUAUAAUAAUAAUAAUAAUAAUAAUGAAAAAUGAAACACUAAUAUAUAUUCGUUACAUAAGUAUUCAACCCCCUGAGUCAAUACAUGUUAGAAUCACCUUUGACAACAAUUAUAGCUGUGACUCUUUCGGUGUAAGUCUCUAAGAGCUUUGCACACCCGGAUUGUACAAUAUUUGCAAAUUCUUCUAGCUCUGUCAAGUUGGUUGUUGAUCAUCGCUAGACAGCCAUUUUCAUGUCUUGCCAUAGAUUUUCAAGCCAAUUUAAGUCAAAACUUUAACUAGGCCACUCAGGAACAUCCAAUGUCGUCUUGGUAAGCACCUCCAAUGUAUAUUUGACCUUGUGUUUUAGGUUAUUGUCCUGAUGAAAGGUGAAUUUGUCUCUGUGUCUGUUGGAAAGCACACUGAACCAGGUUGCCUGUGCUUAGCUCUAUUCCAUUUAUUUUUAUCAUAAAAAACUCCCUAGUCCUUGCCGAUGACAAGCAUACCCAUAACAUGAUCAACCACAAUGCUUGAAAAUAUGAAGAGUGGUACUCAGUGAUGUGUUGGAUUUACCCAAACAUAGCACUUUGUAUUCAAGACAUAACGUUAAUUUCUUUGCCACAUUUUUUGAAGUUUUACUUUAUUGCCUUAUUGCAAACAGGAUGCAUUGUUUUGGAAUAUUUCUGUACAGGCUUCCUUCUUUUCACUCUGUUAUUUAGGUUAUUAUUGUGGAGUAACUACAAUGUUGUUGAUCCAUCCUCAGUUUUCUCCUAUCACAACCAUUAAACUCUGUAACUGUUUUAAAGUCACCAUUGGCCUCAUGGUGAAAUCCCUGAGCUUGUUCUUUCCUCUCCGGCAAACUUAGUUAGGAAGGACGCCUGUGUCUUGGUAGUGACUGGGUGUAUUGAUACACCAUCCAAAGUGUAAUUAAUAACUUCACCAUGCUCAAAGGGAUAUUCAAUGUUAGCUUUUUAUUUAUUUUUACCUAUCUACCAAUAGGUGCCCUUUGCAAGGCAUUGGAAAACCUCCCUGGUCUUUGUGGUUGAAUCUCUGUUAGAAAUGCUAGACUCAGGGACUUUUUUACAUUUUCGUAAUUUAGCAGACGCUGUUAUCCAGAGCGACUUACAGUUAGUGCAUUCAUCUUAAGACAGCUAGGUGGGACAACCACAUAUCACAGUGAUAGUAAGUACAAUUUUCCUCAAUAAAGUAGCUAUCAGCAAAGUCAGCGCUAGUAAGGGGGAAAAGAAUCAAGUGUGAUCGUUAGUUCACAAAUACUUUUUUUUUUCCUUACUGAUAAUUGUAUGUGUGGGGUACAGAAAUUAGGUAGUCAUUCAAAAAUCAUGUUAAACACUAUUAUUGCACGCAGAGUGAGUCCAUGCAACUUAUUAUGGGACUUGUUAAGCAAAUGUUUACUCCUGAACUUAUUUAGGCUUGCCAUAACAAAGAGAUUGAAUACUUAUUGACUCAAGACAUUUCAGCUUUAAAUUUUUUAUUAAUUUGUACAAAUUUCUUAAAAUAUAAUUCCAUUUUGACAUUAUGGGGUAUUGUAUGUAGGCCAGUGACACAAAAUCUCAAUUUAAUCCAUUUUAAAUUCAGGCUGUAACAUAUGGAAGCCCAGUGAGGACAAAUUGAUAAAUACAAAAUUCCGUCGUUAUGUUGAGAUCACAACUAUUUAUCUCAUGAUCACUACAUAACAAAAGUUGUUUUGUUGAGAUCACAAGAUAAUCAAAAGUACCACGCAUCAUCCAUUCAUUUGUUCAGAUGCACAAUAACCACUUCAUCAAGAAGCCCUAUGGCUUUGUUGAGUGCAAUGUGGGGCAUUUGAGCCCUGAACGAUGCCUGACAGGCAGCACCGUCUCCCAGGCUGUGUGCCACCCCCAAGACCACAGUCAAUCGCAUGCAAGAAACAACACAGCUAACCUGGCUAGUCUUGUGAGCUAGCUAGGUAGUCUUGUUAGCUAGCUAGCAAGCUAGCUUGUUAUAUAUGCUGGUUGUUAGCUUGCAUAACUGAUAUAUGUGUAUAAUUAUAAGGGACACUUUGUGGAUACUAUUUACAGUGGGUGAGCUACAUUCCUGACAGGCUGAUCCGAUUCAAUUUCAGCCUCAGAGGCUGAUAAGUCAGGAAGCUGCCUUAUAGGCUGUUUUAUAGAUACGACUUAUUGCAGGCAGAUUAGCUGUCAAAGUGCUUUAUAAGCAAAUGCAUAUCUGAUCUAGGGGGUGAGCUCUAUCCCUGGCAGGCUGAUCAGAUUCAAUAGCAGCCUCAUCUUGAUCCAAGAUGGCGUAGCAGUGCGGUCGUGUAUUCUGUAGUGUGCUCGUGUCAAUAGCCUGUUUUUUUUUGUUGUUGUCUUUUUCGUAUAUAUUUCUCAAUCUCACUUUUCAUCCUUCAACUAAAUAUACUUUCCUGCAACCCGCCUCACCCAAUGUGGAACAGAUUCUAUUAUUUCUUAUACCUUUUUAUCAAGAACCUACGCCUGAAACUAGCCAGCUAGCCAGCUAACUAGCUACUUGGUAGCUACUUGCUAUUAGCCAUCGUUAGCGGUUUUCACCAUUGUCCGUGGCCUGCACUACCUACCAGCCAGCUCUAGCCUGGACAAUUAUCGGCCAGUCUGCACAGUGCGCUAUCGACUCAGAACAUAUCGGAUUUUCUGCCGGAAUCACUGAAUCACUGGAUCUUUAACACCAAAUCAUCGCAACUAGCUAGCUGCAACUGAAUGGAUGUUGUUGUUGGCUAAUCACCACUGCCCUGAAACAAGCACCAGUUAGCCUUGAGCUAGCCUCGAGCCAGGCCCAUCUCCCGGCUAUCUACCUCUCUGUCAACCGGACGGGACCUCCUAGUGUCGACACAGAGCCCCGCCGAUCCAUCACGACUGGUCUGCCGACGUAAUCGUCUGAUGUGGUUUCAACAGGCUUCCCGUUGUGACGACCACGAAGAUCCAUCUGCUAGCCCCGGCCCGCUAGCACACGCAUUCAACAGCCGUGCCUCCUGCUAGCCUGUGCCGUAGUAGCCAUCGAACUGCUCCCGGACUCACCUUUUGCUGUUCACUGGACCUUAUGAUCACUCAACCAACCACACAGCUGAUGCCUGCUGGGCUGUUCCUUUACACGGUACCCCAUCCUGUUUAUCUGUCCUGUAUCUGUUUAGCCUCAUCCCAAACUUUCGUCGCUAUUACCAGUUGUUGUCUUAGAUCUCUCGAAUAACGCCUGUGAUUGCUUUAUGCCUCUCUCCCAUGUCAAUAUGUCUUGCCUAUUGCUGUUUUGGUUAGUUCUUAUUAUACAAUUUCACUGUAGAGCCCCCAGUCCCGCUCAACCUGCCUCAGAUAGCGCCUUUGUUCCACCCCCCAUACACGCGGAGACCGGCUCAAUCGGUGCCUCCAGUGAUGCAAUCUCUUUCAUCGUUACCCAACGCUUAGGUUUACCUCCACUGUACUCAUAUCCUUCCAUAUCCUUGUCUGUACAUAAUGCCCUGAAUCUAUUCUACAAUGCCCGGAAAUCUGCCCCUUUUAUUCUCUGUACCCAAUGCACUAGAAGACCAGUUCUUAAAGCCUUUAGCCGUAUCCUUAUUCUACUCCUCCUCUGUUCCUCUGGUGAUGUAGAGGUUAACCCAGGCCCUGUAGCCCCCAGUAUCACUCCUACUCCCCAGGCGCUAUCAUUUGUUGACUUCUGGAACCGUAAAAUACUUGGUGUCUUGCAUGUUAACAUCAGAAGCCUUCUCCAUAAGUUUGAGUUAUUCACUGCCUUAGCACACUCCGCCAACCCUGAUGUUCUAGCAGUGUUUGAAUCCUGGCUUAGGAAGGCCACCAAAAACUCUGACAUUUCCAUCCCCAACUACAAACCUUUCCGUCUAGAUAGAACUGCCAAAGGGGGUGGAGUUGCAAUCUACUGUAGAGAUAGAGCUCUGCAGGCUAUCUUACUAUCCAGGUCUGUGCCCAAACAGUUUGAGCUUCUACUUCUAAAAAUCCACCUUUCCAGAAAUAAGUCUCUCACUGUUGCCGCUUGCUACAGACCCCCCUCAGCCCCCAGCUGUGCCCUGGACACCAUAUGUGAAUUGAUUGCCCCCCAUCCAUUUUACAUUUUACCUUUAUUUAACUAGGCAAGUCAGUUAAAAACAAAUUCUUAUUUACAAUGACGGCCUACACCGGCCAAACCCGGACGACGCUGGGCCAAUUGUGCGCCGCCCUAUGGGACUCCCAAUCACGGCCGGUUGUGAUACAGCCUGGAAUCAAACCAGGGAGUCUUUAGUGACGCCUCAAGCACUGAGAUGCAGUGCCUUAGACCGCUGCGCCACUCGGGAGCCCAAAACCUCAGAGUUCGUACUGCUUGGUGACCUAAACUGGGAUAUGCUUAACACCCCGGCCGUCCUACAAUCUAAACUAGAUGCCCUCAAUCUCACACAAAUUAUCAAGGAACCUACCAGGUACAACGCUAAAUCCGUAAACAUGGGCACCCUCAUACAUAUCAUCCUGACAAAUUUACCCUCUAAAUACACCUCCUCUGUCUUCAACCAGGAUCUCAGCAAUCAUUGCCUCAUUGCCUGCGUCCGUAAUGGGUCCGCGGUCACCCCUCAUCACUGUCAAACGCUCCCUAAAACACUUUAGCGAGCAGGCCUUUCUAAUUGACCUGGCCCAGGUAUCCUGGAUGGAUAUUGACCUCAUUCCGUCAGUAGAGGAUGCCUGGUUGUUCUUUUAAAAGUGCUUUCCUCUCAAUCUUAAGUAAGCAUGCUCCAUUCAAAAAAUUCAGAACUAAGAACAGAUAUAGCCCCUGGUUCACCUCAGACUUGCCUGCCCUUGACCAGCACAAAAACAUCCUGUGGCGUACUGCAUUAGCAUUGAACAGCCCCCGCGAUAUGCAACUUUUCAGGGAAGUCAGGAACCAAUAUACACAAUCAGUUAGGAAAGCAAAGGCUAGCUUUUUCAAACAGAAAUGUGCAUCCUGUAGCACUAACCAAAAUGUUUUGGGACACUGUAAUGUCCAUGGAGAAUAAGAGCACCUCCUCCCAGCUGCCCACUGCACUGAGGCUAGGAAACACUGUCACUACUGAAUUUCAAUAAGCAUUUUGCUAUGGCUGGCCAUGCUUUCCACCUGGCUACCCUCCCCCCCGGCCACCAGCUCUGCACCCUCCGCUGCAACUUGCCAAUGCCCCCCCCCCCCCGCGCUUCUCCUUCACGCAAAUUCAGAUAGCUGAUGUUCUGAAAGAGCUGCAAAAUCUGGACCCCUACAAAUCAGCUGGGCUAGACAAUCUGGACCCUUUCUUUCUAAAAUUAGCCGCCGAAUUUGUAGCAACCCCUAUUACUAGCCUGUUCAACCUCUCUUUCGUAUCAUCUGAGAUCCCCAGAGAUUGGAAAGCUUCCGCGGUCGUCCCCCUCUUCAAAGGGGGUGACACUCUAGAUACAAACUGUUACAGACCUAUAUUCAUCCUGCCCUUCCUUUCGAAAGUAUUUGAAAGCCAAGUUAACAAACAGAUCACCGACCAUUUCGAAUCCCACCGUACCUUCUCCGCUAUGUAAUCUGGUUUCCGAGCUGGUCAUGGGUGCACCUCAGCCACGCUCAAGGUCCUAAACGAUAUAAUAACCGCGAUCGAUAAAAGACAGUACUGUGCAGCCGUUUCCAUUGACCUGGCCAAGGCUUUCGACUCUGUCAAUCACCGCAUUCUUUUUUGGCAGACUAAAUAGCCUUGGUUUCUCAAAUGACUGCCUCGCCUCGUUCACCAGCUACUUCUCAGAUAGAGUUCAAUGUGUCAAAUCGGAGGGCCUGUAGUCUGGACCUCUGGCAGUCUCUUUGGGGGUGCCACAUGGUUCAAUUCUCGGGCCGACUCUAUUCUCUGUGUAUAUCAAUGAUGUCGCUCUUGCUGCUGGUGACUCUCAGAUCCACCUCUACGCAGACGACACCAUUUUGUAUACAUCUGGCCCUUCAUUGGACACUGUGUUAACAAACCUCCAAACGAGCCUCAAUGCCAUACAACACUCCUUCCGUAGCCUCCAACUGCUCUUAAACGCUACUAAAACGAAAUGCAUGCUCUUUAAUCGAACGCUGCUUGCACCCGCCCGACCGACUAGAAUCACUACUCUCGGCGGGUCUGACUUAGAAUACCUAGGUGUCUGGUUAGACUGUAAACUCUCCUUCCAGACUCACAUUAAGCAUCUCCAAUCCAAAGUAAAAUCUAGAAUCGGCUUCCUAUUUCGCAACAAAGCCUCCUUCACUCAUGCUGCCAAACAUGCCCUCGUAAAACGGACUAUCCUACUUUUCCUUGACUUCGGCGAUGUCAUUUACAAAAUAGCCUCCAACACUCUACUCAGCAAAUUGGAUGUAGGGAUGUAGCUCAGUUGGUAGAGCAUGGCAUUUGCAAUGCCAGGUUUGUGGGUUCGAUUCCCACGGGGGGGCAGUAUGGAAAAAAUUAAAAAAUAAUGUAUGCACUCACUAACUGUAAGUCGCUCUGGAUAAGAGCGUCUGCUAAAUGACUAAAAUGUAAAUGUAAAUGUAGUCUAUCACAGUGCCAUCCGUUUUGUCACCAAAGCCCCAUAUACUACCCACCAUUGUGACCUGUAUGCUCUCAUUGGCUGGCCCUCACUACAUAUUCGUCACCAAACCCACUGGCUCCAGGUCAUCUAUAAAUCUCUGCUAGGCAAAUCCCUGCCUUAUCUUAGCUCAUUGGUCACCAUAGCAACACCCACCCGUAGUAUGCGCUCCAGCAGGUAUAUCUCACUGGUCAUACCCAAAGCCAACACCUCCUUUGGCUGCCAUUCCUUCCAGUUCUCUGCUGCUAAUGACUGGAACGAACUGCAAAAAUCUCUGAAGCUGGAGACUCUUAUCUCCCUCACUAACUUUAAGUGUCAGUUGUCAGAGCAGCUUACCGACCACUGCACCUGUACACAGCCCAUCUGUAAUUAGCCCACCCAACUACCUCAUCCCCAUAUGGUUAUUUAUUUUGCUCAUUUGCACCCCAGUAUCUCUAUUUGCACAUCUAUCACUCCAGUGUUAAUACUAAAUUGUAAUUAUUUAUUGCCUUACCUCCAUAACUUACUACAUUUGCACACACUGUAUAUAGAUUUUCUAUUGUGUUAUUGACUGUAUGUUUUGUUUAUCCCAUGUGUAACUCUGUGUUGUUGUUUUUAUCGCACUGCUUUGCUUUAUCUUUGCCAGGUCGCAGUUGUAAAUGAGAACUUGUUCUCACCUGGCCUACCUGGUUAAAUAAAGGUGGAAAAAAAUAAAAUAAGAGGCAGAUGUCAGGAUGCUGCCUUGUAGGCUGUUUCAUAUGUAAGGCUCCUUGCAGAAAGCCUACUGGGCAGCAUCCUGACUUAUCAGCCUCUGAGGCUUCUAUUGAAUCUGAUCAGCUUGACAAGAAUAGAGCGCAACCACUCUUGAUCAUAUACAUAAUGCACUGACUGCUAAUCUGCCUGCAAGGAGCUUUAGCUAUGAAACAGCCUACAAGGUAGAAUCCUGAUUUAUCAGCCUCUGAGGCUGCUAUUGGAUCUUAUCAUCCUGUCAGGAAUGGAGCUCACCCACUCUGUAAAUGUAAAUAUUAUCUAUAAAACAUGAAGUGUCCCUUACAUUUAUAAACGUUUCAGUUAUGAAAGUUAACAACCAGCAUAUAUAACACGCUAGCUAAGUAGCUAACUCGCUCACAAGACUAGCCAAGUGAGCUGCGUUGUUGCUUGCAUGUGGUUGGCUGUGGUAUUGGGGGUGGCAUACAGCCAGGGAGACAGGGCUGCCUGUUAGGCAUCGUUCAGGGCUUAAAUCCCCCAAGAAGGCUUAGCUCAAGAUAAGGGACAUUUAGCUUGCUAACAUUCUAACUUAUAAACUGAUAAUGAGCACCAAACACAAAUGAAAGCAUGAUGUUAGCAUGAAAUGUACCCUCCCUUAGUGUAGCAAUCAAUAAAAACAUAUGCACUGAUCCACCAUGGGCUCAGCUGUACUGUCAAUCUAUCAUCAAUGCGUCUAUUCCUAUUUAUGAAGUUAAUCUUGUGAUCUUGACAAAACAACUAUUGUGAUGUCGUGAUCAUGAGAUAAAUAAGUUGUGAUCUCGACAUAACGAGGGAAUUUUUUAUAUAUUCAUAUGAUCUCUCUGGACAUCCGUAGUAACACUACAAAAUGUGGAAAAAGUAAAGGGGUGUGAAUACUUUCUGAAGGCACUGUAGGUAGUUACAAUGUAUUUAUAUAUUCAUACUUCCUCAAACCAGCCAGGCAUGUAUCUGAAUUUCAUUGUCUCAGACAGUGCUUUUGCAUGUAAAAAACUAUUGCACUUUUAUUGAAAUAAUGUUAACAGAAAGCUAAGGCCUCUGCUUUUUGUUUACAGCUUUUUGUUGACAAUACUGUAAACAAUUGUGCCAGCACCUGAUGUAGGCACCUAGGCAGUGUUGUGUAUGACAUACGCCAUCUUUUGUUUAAAAUGGGUAUUUACAGUAAAUAUGUAACGAGCUAAACAGGUUUAUGCUCUUGCCCUUACUAUUCACAGAUGUGUGUAUUGUGAAUUGGUGCAUUUUUUUAUUUUAUUUGCUGUCAUCAUCCAUUGUAAUGAUGACAGGAUUACAUUUGCAAAACAAGAAAACAGAUUAAUACAAUUUGACCUUGAUUUGCCUAUAUUUGCACUGCUGCACAGUGCUACACUAUUGCAUGUUUCAUGUAAAUGAACAACAUUGUAAAUGAACGAAAACAACAAAGACUCCAUUUACACAUAAAGUCAUAGAAGCAAUAGAAUCAACGUGUUGUUAUCGACAUGAUGGUGUACCAGUUCUCUAAAGCAGGUUUGUAAUACAUCUGUUGUUAAUGCAUUUCUAUACAGUCAAUGGUUGUAACUAAUAUGUCAAUGAUGUUAUUAAAUAAUCACUCUCCUCUAUCGUAGGGACCCGGAUCAUCUACGACCGUAAGUUCCUAUUGGACCGGCGUAACUCCCCCAUCGCCCAGACCCCCCCAGCCCACCUGCCCAUCAUCCCCGGGGUGACCAGCCUCAACAUCCUGACCGAGAACAGAAGGAACGAGGCCAACAACCACAUCAAACCCCACAACAGUCAUGGCAAGACAGCCACCGGUCAGUGGGUGCCAUAUCCUCGGACAAUAUUAGUAAUAAAGGUAUUACACCCCUGCUUUAGAGUACAACUCACGUGUUGAUGACAUUGUAUUUGUGUUCUUGUGUUUAAAGGUGAGGAUGCUCAGUUCGAGAUGGACAUCUGA